GUAUCAGUGAAGAGGCACACAAUUAGGUUAUUGUUUUUCUCUGUAUUGUACUGAGGAGAUUCGAGGCAUUGGUGGGGGAUCAGGCAAGCCAGGCAUCACUGUGGAUGUUGGAGAGGGAGUUACUCAGACCUCGGCAUCUUCACUUGCUCGCUCUGGAAUUACAGCUAUUUAUUACAAAGCGUGCUGUGUGGUUGGGUGGAGUGCGCCUGAGGAAACACAUCUGAGACAGCACUUGGGGUUAGUUUUCCUGAGCUCUUCACAUCUCUGACUAACUCUUGUCAUUGUCAUGGAGCCCAACAGUCCCAAAAAGAUACAAUUUGCUGUGCCUUUAUUCCAGAGUCAGAUUGCCCCUGAAGCAGCAGAGCAGAUCAGGAAAAGAAGACCAACACCAGCAUCACUUGUGAUUCUCAAUGAACAUAACCCCCCAGAAAUAGAUGACAAGAGGGUGACCAACACACAAGCAGAAUCACAGAAUGCAUCCCCUAAGCAAAGGAAGCAGAGCGUGUACACACCACCUGCGAUGAAAGGGGUUAAGCAUCUGAAAGGCCAGAAUGAAUCAGCAUUCCCUGAAGAAGAAGAAGGCGUAAACGAGAGAGAAGGGCAGUGGGACCAUUAAUUAUGAGUCUGCAGCAAGAAGGCUUCUUGGGAAUGACUGAACUGUUCACUUUUGUGAAUAUCCCAUGGAACGCCACUGCUUGACUUCCAGAAGCAUUGCCGUCUCUGCUCUCCACACUCUGUACAGCAACAGUACACCUCCUGGGAAGCCCUCUUGAUGGAACUUUAGAACUAAGUACAGAUUGUUCCGUAUCACUUACAAGUAAAGAACAAGCAUUUAUUUUACAGUGAUUUUUCUUUUUAAUGACAUAGAAAUUUGCAAACAUGUGAGUGUUCUAACUUUAAUAUUGCAGAGCUUAAUCCCUAAUGUUCUACUGAUAUAGUUUGCCUUCUAAUCACAUGUAAAUAGCACCAAUUUAAGAGUAAAAAAUAAAUAUUAAACACAUUUAGACAUGAACGUGUGUCUGGGUUUAACUUAUGGAGGAACACUUAAUGAAACUUUUA